AUGAUAAACUGUUGUUAUAAUGUUACACGUUGGAAUUAUGGUGUUUGCCGACCAUUAUUAUUAAAUUAUAUAUGCGAAUGUCUUGGUGAUAGUUAUUCUGGUCGUCAUUGUGAAAUCACUUCUACGAAAAUUUUUAUUUAUAAAAUUGUUUCAAAAUCAUUUGCUUAUAUUGCCAUUAUUGCUGUGUCAAGUGUUGCUAUGUUUAUUGUCACCAUGGAUAUAUUGAAAUAUUAUUUUGGUAUUGAUCCAAUACGUGAAGAACUAGAAAGAAUUCGACGAGAAAAACGAGCAAAAAACCUCAAGUGAUGCAACUAUUGGUCUAUAUUGAUGCGCCAAGAUAAUCAUUUGAAUAAGAGACAUCAUUAAUUCAAGAGAAAACGAUUAAAGACAAAUAUGAAUUGAAUUGCUUUGCUUCUUCCUUGCUAUGAAAUUAAAAAAAUGACUAAAUUUGCUGUUGUUUUAGUCUGAUACAAAAGUCGAACGAACAAG